AGUCUGUGGUAUAACCUAAAAACCUGAAAUACAAAAUCAAACAAAACAAAAUAAUAAACAAAAGUAUUAGAAAGUGCAGUUGAAAUUUUUGUGAAUAGGAAUAAAUUUAAAAAUGAAUGAAGAAGACUUAGUUGAUGUCGUUUACGCCCCACUGGCUAGUUUGCGUCAAGCAGCAGAACUAAUUGAAACAUCUGUAGAUAUCAAACAUGAUUCUUGCAGGAGAAAUAUUGGGAUUUUGCAACAAUACAGAACCUUUCACCUACCAGAAGUAUUUGGCCGGAACACUUGGAGGACCAGGUACCGCUUGGCGAUACGCCAGGCCAUCUACAGCCACCGGUGGAAUGAUCUGGCUUACCUGCUGAAAAAGUCUCCAAUAUGGGAGCAGGCAUAUAAACGUGACUUACCCAUUUAUUUUAGAGCAUUGACAAUCCUGCUAAUGAACCAUCCGACUGCCAAAUCUCAGGCACUACUGGAGGACUAUGUGCACAUGGUGACGGCGUGUCGGUCUGUCGGAACCAAGCAGGCUCUCUACAAGGCCAUCCUGAGCCUCCCACACAGGCUGUUCAACAAAAACCAUUGCCAAAGAAAUGCAAAAGAAUAGAAAUAAUUUCUAUUCAAAUAAACAAUAACUGCUUUAAAACAACUCUAACAGCUGUAUUCACAAUCACUACUAUGAGGUCUCACAGUGUGCUUGAACGCAUAGUGUAGGUUCCACCAAUCAUAUCAUUGUAAAUUGACGUGACACAGUCAUCUGAUUGGUGGAACCAACACUAUGCGUUCGAGCGCACUGUGAGACCUCAUAGUAAUGAUUGUGAAUACGGCCGCAAGACUUAAGGCUGAGCUCAAUAGAGUGCACUUUGAACUUGCUCAGACUUAAGACACGGUUAAAAUGAGACAGCAUUAUAACGCUGGCAUAAAUCUGUCUUGUUUUUAAAUGUUUUAUAGAAGCAGGUGUUACUUUGCGGAAUUCCAUGAUAUACAAGGGACCAAAAGCUUAAUUUGCUAUAAUCUGCUAAAGCAGACAAAUCUGUAUCGCAUGUUGCAUGUUGGACCAUACAGAUUUGCCUGGUUUUUUUUUUAAUAGCAAGCAAAUGAGCAGGCGACCCACCUGCUGUGAUUACCGCCGCCAAUGAACAUUUGCAGCACCGGAGGUACCUGCCUUUCAGGAAUAGGUUUUGCAGAUUAUAGCAAAUUAAGCUUUUGGUUCCUUGUCUGUCUCGUUUUAACUGAAACUUAAGUCUAAGCAAAGUCAAAGUGCGCUCUAUAGAUUUCAACCUAAGUCUGCGGCCCAGCUGGGAAGGGGUGCAUCUGGGGUGGCAAGCGGGCGCCAUGCCACACUCUCCAACCCGCCCUCGAUUAGAGGCAUCCGCGCGUCUUUCUUCCAAUUUCUUGUAAAUAUUACGAGUAUGUUCUACACACUAGCCACCCCGAAGGACGCACUUGAACCCAACUGUACCUACCAGACUUAGGACUUGUUUCACAACCUCCAGAUAAUUCCUUUAUGUUGCCGACAGAGGUUCUUUAGUGCGAAACACUAAAGUACCGCUUGCGGCAUCCUAUUCAGUGCAUAAAGAAGUGUAUCUAAGAUGCCGUUAAUCACGGCAACGCCUAAUACACUUUGUAAAUCAUGUUGUGUAUUGUAAAUCUGUCUUCUGUAUCAGAAUAUACUGUAAACUGAAAGGCUCGGUAAAUUAUAUGUAAUGAAAACAUAAUUAUUAAUUUAUGGUAGUUACUAUAUUAAAGGCCCGAAACAAUAAGGCUGGCUGUUCACUGAAGCCAAGGAGAGACGUGUUCAGCUGAUUAUUUUUGAUGUGAUAACUUGAUCAUGACAUAAUCUCUCAAUAAUCUGCCACUAAUUGUGUAAGGAAAACGUAUUCAUUGUAAUCGGUAGCAAAUUCUGUCCCUUGAUGGGCUGU